UAUUUUUCUGCUCAUUCAUCUGCUAGAGAAUAAUUAAAGUUGAAGUAAGAUGGAUCCAAGCAAGCCAAUUUCUCCACAUACCAACAAUGGCACGAGUCAUCAAGAAUCUCUUUCUUUUCUUGCCAACGUUGCCACAAGUCACCAGUUCAGCGGGUUAGGUUUCCCGAGCCCCCAGGCAUCAGAUGUGCAUAAUGUCAUAUCUUCCUCCCUGAAUAUCAGUUUGAACAACAGUAAACUGGCUUACUCAAACCCCAUGCACACCAACCAUGUGUCAAUGGUUUCACCCGAUGUCGGAGACAACAUUAAUGCCAGCGUUCCUACUCAGAGCAAUGUUGUAUUUGCUACUCAGAGUAUUCCAGUUUCUUCAACACAGAACAUGUCAGUUUUCAGAGGUGUUCCCAUGAUUCCAUAUUCUCAAGUUACAUCAUCUCUUCAUCCUUCUCUUGUUCCAUCAACUUCCACAAUAACAACUUUAACUAACAAAUCUAAAACUGAUCUAAAUCCUUACUCCACUUCACUGAGUUUGUCAUCUGCUGCUCCUUCACUUUCAAACUCUUUGCCUUUCCAUGGAGUUUAUUCAGGUCAACAUACAUCUGCUCUACAAGCUCCUGGUCACCAGAAUUUUAUUUUACAGCAACCACAAUUUGAUGGCAUAACACAAAACACUGGUAUGAUUCAAAACCAUAACACCCGACUUCACCACAACAACCAAAUUCAUCUACAGCAACAACAACAAUCACCUAUUUUAUUACCACAACACCAAAACCAAGUCAUGACAUCAUUGCACCAGCAGCAAAUUACACAAUCUCUUUCUCUGCCUCAACAUCAUCAACAGGCUACUCAGUGUCCUGUUUGGCCCAACACUCCUGUUUCCCUUGCCACUGUUGAUAGUUGCCUGCCUCUGUCCGCUGCUAAUUCCAUGGUAAACAACAGUCCUGUUACUACACCUGUUGUUUGCUCUGUUGCUGUUACACAUUCUGAUAAAAGUAGUGGAUUCUGCUCAGCCAAAUCAACUUCUAUGAGCACCUCUGAUGCCAACCAAUGCUCUGAAGUCUUCAACACCAUCAGGGAGGCCUUGUCUGUGGCCCACAACAACCUAGAUGCCGCAAGCACCACCAGCAUCUACCCUGAUGACUCAUCUUAUUUGGUGCCCUCAUCAAACUCUUCCAGUAAUUUAGCAGAAGCUCCUGGCAAUCAGUUGUCAUCCUUCACCUUCCUGACGACAAGCCCUUACCAGCUGACCUGCCGACACUGUAACUUCUCGACAGAUUUCCACCUUGUGUUCACACGACACAUGGCUUGUCACUACGCAGACAAAGGAUACGAGUGUCCAUUAUGUUCCAUUGUUUGCAACAGUGAACAGGAAUUGAAACAACAUGUCAACCUGCAACACUUGAAUAACAGACCAAUUUGUGAUGGAAAACUUGAUGCAAAAGAGCCCAGUGUUGCAAAUGAAACACAAAAGACUGGUGGUAACAUGGAUGUUUCAAGCUCAUAUUGUGUAGAGAAAGAAGAUGCAACCAAAUGGGCUGGUGAACAAAAUAAUAUCAAAAUUAAACCUAAGCUUCCCAAGAAACAGACAAAAUCUCUAAAUAAAAAAUGCUUGGACAAGAAAUUAACAAAUAAAAUGAAUGAAACUGGCACAAAAACUCUAAGAAAGAGUCAGAAAAAGAACAAAAAUAGUUUGAAAAAUUCAAAUUCUGGGAAGAAAACUUUUAACAAAUUCUCAAAGGAACCAUUAUCUCAAUGUCUUGGUGAUAAAUUGAUGAACAAGAAGCUGCCAGAUGAUGCUCAAUAUGAAGAUACCAUAUAUCGCCCAAUUGAUCCCAUUGCAACUACUAACAAAAGUUUAUCAUAUGUUGAUUUUUAUAAACGGCAAUCUUUCAUGUCAAUCAACAACAACACCAGCAAUGUUUCUUCUAAUAAUUCCUUCAUGCAUACACAGAAUGGAAAUUUUGAUCAAGAUGUAAACACAAAUUUCAGGAAUGUUCAAUGUCAAAACAUCACAUCCAUGACUCUACCCAACAUGUCUUCUCGAACAUCAAACAUGUUGGACCAAACAUCUCUGAAUAAUUUAAUGGCAAGCCAUGCAACAAACUCAUCUAAUCCUACAGCCACAAACUUGAUGCCAACUACAAACACCGGCGGUGACAAGCAGGACGGCUUUUGCCCAUAUCCCUUGGAACAUUUGGCAGCUCAAAACAAUUAUCUUUGUAAUGAAGUUUCUGGGACUUACAAUUACCAAUCUGAACCUUUACCUCUCAUUGUUGCUGGUAAAAGCAAUACACAAGUUGACUCGAGAAACUUGCAAGGCAAUUCUUUUAAUCUAAGUAACCAAGCAACAUAUUUUGGCAACCAACCCGUCUACGAAAAUCCUAAUGGUGCUGAAAAAUCUUCCAUUUCUGAACACAUAACCGUCAAAAUUGAUCCAUUUGACUUUGCUCCGAGCAUGACACAAAAACAAGAGCGGCAACCCUCAGCUGCAUCCUAUAGGAUGGUCAACAGGGAUCAAAAC